AUGAGGUUCACUGGUAUCAGCAAUGGUUAUGAUCGUGUGUGCGAUGAAGAAACGGAGGGAAACGCAGGCAGCAACCAAGAGACAAGUGCAUCCAUUCCAAUAAAUCCUCCUGAAUAUGACAGUUCUUUGAUUAACAAUGAAGCAAAUCUUUCAAAUUCAAAUAAUAGAGCAAUGGAGCAAAUGGAUCUGGAAGAUGCUCCUCAGGAAAACAAUUCCGAUGAGAGGCUGUUUGAUAAAAUGUUUCAUUUCAGAGACAGAAUCAGCAAUAAUAUCGUCGCUCCUGUACGGGAAAGGAUAGUGGAUCCUUUAGUCCAGGUGACCUACAUAAUUUCCGAAAAGAUUGAUUAUUAUUUGAAUAAGGUAGGAAAUCCUUUAAUUCUUAGGCGGUUUUUCUACGUUUUUUUGAUGUCAACAAUAGCGUACUUAGUAAUGUCAAGUGGAUUGAUGCCAACUGAGCGCAGUACAGGAACAAAGGGAAUGUUCUCCGAUUUCGAUAUUCUCUUAGACUAUACUAAAGCAGAAGUGGACCUUUCCAAGUUAGAGACAGACUUACAGUAUCUAAGCAGUAUGCCCCACAUGUCAGGAACGCAGGGCGACUGGGCAAUUAGAAAUUAUGUUGCAGAAUCAUUUUCGAACAAUAAACUAAAAUUUGUAAAAGAGACUGAGUUCACUGCCUAUUCAAAUUACUAUAAUGAGGCCUCUUUGAAAGCUGUAAAAAAUGGAGGCGAGACUAUAUUUGAGUUAACAGAGAGUAAUUUCAACCCAUCUUGUACCAACGGCGAAUUAAAAAAUAUGAAUUUGAUUUAUGGUAACACGGGCUCUAUGGAAGAUUUACAUAUUUUGAAGGAGCUUGGAAUGUUAGAUGAGGACUUUAUUCUUUUAGUUCAUUAUGGUAAGGUUGUCAGCGAGCAGAUUCUUUUGGCUGAAAAAUUUGAUGCAAAGGGAAUACUUUUUAUUACUGAACCUUAUGGUGAUGACAAGGAUGUUGUACAAAAGAAGUCAGUCGCCAUCCACCAAUAUUGGACAGGUGAUGCUUUAACACCGGGCUGGUACGGUGGUGUACUUCCUGAGAUUAAACCACAAGAGUCAAAGAGUUUACCACGUAUACCGUCGUUACCUUUAUCAUGGAACCAGGGAAGCAAGCUUCUAUCGCUUUUGGGUGAUACUGGCUUUAAGUGGAAAGAAAAUGAGUAUAGUGGUGAACCAGGAGAGAAAAGCGUUCGCAUUGAUAUGAAAGUAAAUGCUGCGACGAGAAAGAAACACCCUGUGCACAAUGUUAUUGGUAAGAUUGAAGGCAGGGAACAGAAUGAUAAAGCUAUCAUAAUUGCUGCCUCAAGAACCAAUGGUAUAAAUGGUGCCACCUAUCCCGCUUUUGGAACCGCUGUGCUACUUUCACUUAUACAAUCGUUCCAAGAAUUGAAGUAUAAGUUCGGUUGGAAACCUUUAAGAAAUAUUUAUUUUAUUUCAUUCGGUGGAUCAGAAUUCAAUUAUGCAGGCGCGACAGAGUUAUUAGAGCAGCAAUUAAUAACGAUCAAAAAUGAAGUUUACUCAGUACUAGAUAUUAGUCAGCUAGGUCUAGUCUCAAGCGAUAAAAAAUUGGACGUCCAGUCUCAUCCUCUGUUGCAUAAUUUCUUUGGGAACCGCCAAGAUUCGUUCGGUUUUGACGUCUCUGUAAGAAAUGUUGAACAGUACGGUGACUGGACUCCUUUUAUGGCAAGCGGAAUUCCUGUAUCGGUUCUCUCCACGCCAGAAAUUUUAGAUUCCAAACCUCCCAUUGAUACUUCCAAAGAUGUCUUUGAAAAAUUCAAGAAAUUACUAGAGAGCCCAGAUGUGAGGCAAAAAACAUCUGAUUUGAUCCUUUAUAUUUUCAAAUCUUCUUUAAAGCUUGCGGAUAGCCCAUUAUUGCCAUUUGAUAUUACAGAUUAUUUGCAAAAUUUGGCGGAUCAGUUUAGGAGUUUGGCUGGUAAGUUUGGAAACGAACUCAAUUUUGUAGGUGCCCAAAAAGCACUAUUAUCCUGGCGCGCCAUUGGAUUAGAAUGGUCUGCCUGGAGCGAUGGAUGGCGAAAUAUUGUUUAUAAUAGAGAUGAGGGACUUGAACCCUCAUUGCUAUCAGUUCAUAGAUGGACGUGGAAUAAAAAACUUUCCAACAUUGUCAGAAGACAAUGUUCUGCCACUGGAGUCCCACAAAGACAAUUCUACAAAAACAUUAUUUUUGGACCCACAUUGUGGGCACAAGAUACUGUUCCUGAAUCCUGGGUAUUUCCGGGUGUUAGGGACGCAACUUCAAAUGGUGAUUGGAACGCUGCUCAACAAGAGCUUGAUGCAGUAAUAAGAAUGCUAGAAGAAUCAGCAGCUCUUUUCAUGGAGGAGACCACUGAUGUUGGUAACUAG